UACUAUAAAAAGGGGUCAUGACCGGAGACAUAAACUCACUCAAAGCACAAAACAAAUUGCUCUCUCUCUCCUCGAUCGGUGGCUAGCUAGUAAUUACCAACAAUGAAUGUUGAAACUCGAAUGGAGAUCGUUGAUCAGGAUUUGAAACACCUCAGAACUUCACAAUCACAAGACCGUCUUGGAGAUGUGUCUUUACAUAUCAAAAAUCUGGAGAAGGAGCUAAUCCUUCUAAGCAGUAUCAAGAAGAUUGACCAUGAAUUGGAAAGACUCAAGGAACUGGACCGUCUCUAUGCUGCUGGAGGAAACUGUCCGGCAAUAAAAAACCUCGAGAGGGCUCGACACCAGCUCGUCCGGGAACAGAUGUCAUUGGCAAUUAAAACUCGCUGUUCGAGCCUCCUGUGCAGCAGCAAGAACAUUGAGGAUGAAUUGAAGAAACUAAAGGCCCUAGAACCCACUUCUGACAACUGCUUCAGUAAUAUGAGGUCUGCAAUACAACUUCUUGAGACAGCUAAAAAAGAUGUCAAAUUUGAGUUGGCCGAGACUGAGGCCCUUGAAACAAUGGGUAAUUGGUGCAUGUCCAAGUUGGACAGCUUUCUUGAUAGAUUACGGCCCAACCAAAGCUGAUG